AUGGGACACUACAUACUGCUUCCACUACUAAUCAUUGUGUGUUUAUGCCAAAGAUUGGAAACAAAAAAUAUUUGCAAUAGUCGUGACAAAGUUUCUAUUAUCGGUGGGGAACAAAGACGCUUAGUUACAGAAGGAGGUCGGGUAACAUUAAUAUGUUGUGUACCAGGUAAAAGUAAUGGUCAUGAUCAUGAACAACUUGUAUGGAAUAGCCCGGAUGGAAAAGAAUUAGUAAACUAUUUUUCUAACCCAAUGUCUGAUAAUCAACACACUGCAUAUUCUGUGCCUGAGUUUCACUCAAAAGAUCACUUGAUUACUAUGAUGGUUAUUCAGAAAUUCCAAGCCAAAGAUAGUGGCCAGUAUACAUGUCGAAACACACACCCUAGUUCUACAGCCCUUCCAGCUAGUGUCUUUAUAGAUGUCAGACCUAGGCUUUUGGCAGACUUCAUUCCACUACCUCCAUCUAAUGUAGAGGAUUCUGGUUCAGCAGUUGUGGCUGGUGUUGCAGUGUCUGUCGCUCUUGAAGAAGGACGAAGGGGAGAAAUAACAUGCCGUAUUAACUCACAACUAAAUCUCGAUGGUGUCCAACUUACGUGGUUUUUUCAGGGUCGUCAACUGAUUACACCAUCGAUCGUAAUGAAACAAAUAGGACAAAAGAAUUUAUUUAAAGUCAAUAACACUAGCUUUGAAAACCCUCCUACUGAAAUGGAAAAUUCUGAUAUUUUCCUACCAUCCUCACAUGAAAGAAAUUUCGCAACGGGGUCAAACCAAAUAUUUACCGAGCAACUAAACCGCCCUGUUGCCCUUGAUCCUGAAGAAUUGGGUAUACAAAUUUCUCAAAAUGGACAAAUACUAGAUAUUUCAAGAGUGGAUACACGUCAUUCAGGAAUAUUUUUAUGCAAGGCAGAAACUGUUAAUCCAACAUGGUCACCACAAAAUUCAGAAUACGAUUCACGCUUAUACGAAAGUGGAGUUGUAACUGCACCUUUCUUGAUACAAAUUCAAGCCAUUCGUGGCAUAGUUUAUUCACGUCCACGUUUACUGCCGGGAAGCCCCAUGGAAAUAUUCUCUACAACUGAUUCAGAUGAAUCACGGUUGGUGGAUCCAUAUAAACACUUUGUUAACAAGCGUCAGGAUGAACAGAGGCUAGAUACAAUUCAAGGUUCACCCAGUUAUUUGCAAACUGUCUUGCCUUUAUGGCGUGGUAGUGAUAAAGAGAAAGAAAAACCUAUUGUGACAAAGGCAAGAAAGAUAGUUCAGGAGGGUGGAAGACUCAUAUUAGAAUGCCAAGCUCGUGGGAGACCGAGUCCCCAACUACUCUGGUAUAGAGGUGGUAUGGGAUCUUCAACAACAAAUAGUUCUCAAGCUAUUACAUUCGAUCAACGGAUCAAGUCAGCAUUACAACACUUACCUCUGGAAGAUGUACAACGAGAACUGGGAAUUCUUAUCGCUGAUUUCGAUCAUCUUUUUCCUGCUGUAAUUAACAUGGUAAAUAUAUCAAAUGAAGUUACAAACAAAGCACCUGAAAAUCCUGGAAGCAUCCACAGAAAAGGAAUACAAACACAUGAGUUAGGUCGUUUUCAGUUGUCUACUGGUCUUCGAAAAGAUGACCGGGGAGACCCGGUUAUAGCAAUGUCACGCCUAACAAUCAACAACUUAAUGCCUUCAGAUGCCACUCGUUAUACUUGUCUUGCUCUCUUGAAUUUGAAUUACUAUGGUGGAGCUGGAAAUUUUACAGAUGUUGGGAGCAUUCUUCCUGAUGUUGUUCUCAGACCCAGAUUUGUUCGCUCAGGAACUAAUUUAAAAGCCAGCGGAUAUCCUGGAGAAAGUUGCAGGCUAACAUGUGAAGCAUACGGCGGUCUUCCGAAUGAAAUGGGUCUACGGGUUCGGCUUUUAAAAGGUCCUGGUGUCAACAAACUAAUUUCUUAUUUAUCUUAUUCUAUGUAUUCGGAAAAUAAAAAUCCUAUAUUUAAGUCGUAUGAAGAUCUUCCUGAACCCCAGUCAGUUCAUUCUUCAUACACCAACCCAAUGUUUAAUCAUAAAUCAUUCGUCAAAGACAACGAAUUAAGUGAUUGGUUUCCAUCUGAUACACAGUACACAAGUUUGUUGACUGGAAAUGACAUGAGCGAUAAAUCAAAUAACAGUGAUUUUAUUGAAAUUGUCAAACCUGGUAUGAAUCCUCGAUAUCACUUGAAAGUUGAACCAGAUCCACGAAAUCCAUACGCAACAAUUCUACGUUUGGAUAUUACAGAUUUAACACCAGAAGACAAUUCAUUUUAUUUAUGUGAAGCACUCUCCGGACCUCAUUGGCGAGCAGUUACUCCUACAUCAUCAGAACCGCCUGGGAGAGUGACAGUUUGGUUCGCUCCACCUGCCGUAGAGCCUCGACGUAUUAGUGAAAUAUCAGACCGAUUGGAUGCGGAUGAAAGUGAAACCCUCUCUCAACCUGGCAAAUUUGUUGUUUAUGGUCUAUCUCAUUUACCUUCUAAAAUAGCUUGUCAAGCACUAGGACAACCAACACCUCAAUGGAAAUGGGUAGGACCGCAAAGUGGACCAAGUGUACCAUUAGGUGAACUAAAUGAUCCAAAAGGUUAUAUUAAAAUGGACUAUCAAGACGGUGAAUAUUCUGUAACUGAAUUAACUGUUCCUGCUGGUUAUUGGAAUGUCGGAGUAUUUGGUACUUAUUCAUGUACUGCAACCAAUAGAUUAGGCCAUGCUACUGGACAUGUUCGACUGCAGCUAGCAAGCCAUCCUGGUAGACCAUCUUUAAGAGCUUGUAGAGUUGAAGCAACUUUAAUUGAAUUGUGUGUUGAACCUCCACAUGAGACAGGUGGUUUGCCACUAACUCAUUAUGAAUUAAGAAUCCAAACUCAUCCACGUGGUGCUUUUCAUGGGCCUUUCGCUUAUCUUCCUGGUCGUAGAGUGCUGAGAUUACCAAAUCUUAUUCCAGGUUAUUACUAUCGAUUUGCGCUGUCAGCCGUAUCAAGAGCAGGAAGAGGACCAAAUGCAUAUUUACAGGUUACAACUAAUCGAUUAUCUAGACCUGUAAUUAAACUACUUGCUUCUCAGGAUUAUAUUAGUCCUACAGGAUAUAAUGUUCAUUGGAAUACAGAAACUACAAACGGUAUGGAUAUCAAUCAAUAUAAUAUCAAUAUAAGACCAGUAGAAGUUGAUUAUUCCAUGGGUUUGAAAAUCAGCAAUAAUCUUCAUCCUCACACUGAGCUUCCAUUUUUUUACCGUACUAGUCCUGAUGCUUCCAGUGAAAAACUUUAAAUUGACACGAAUUAUUUGGGAUCAAAUAUUACUAUACUAUUUCUUUGUUUGUUGGCAGAUGGCAACAAAACAGUAAGACAGGAAAUAACUAAACUAUCUUCAAACUGAUCUAUAACUACAUCUAGACCUCUUCCAUCAAUUUAUUUGGUGGUCAUUUACUCAAGUAUGUCAUGGUUUUGUUAUUUUUAUGCUUGAAAAACAUUUACCCCCCCCAUUUGAUACAUUGAUCGUAACUAUCUCACACCAAAAAAUUCAGGUGGGUGUUUUAAAAAUUACUAGUACAUUCCAUGUCUCUUUCAGCGGCGAAUGGAUGUCUUUAGGAAAACGUGCUACCAAUACAUUGCUUUAGUGCAGCAGUACUUAGGAUACUGUAGUUUCGUUGGUGCUACUCAAACUUGAUUUACAUAAGUCUACCGUUUCAGAAAGCACUCACCUUGUCAACUUUAGUGACUUAGUUUCGGAUUUGUUUUCGUUAUUUGUUGCUCUAAGAUUCUUUGGAGUUCUUCUAUUGUGUUAUGACGGUAUGGUAAAUCCGCAGUACCAAUCCAUGGUACUUAAUUCGAAUUAUUAUUAUUACGCAAUGAGACGUCUUGUUUUAAUAUACAUCUAAUAAUCUUCAUAGGAAAAUUAUCAAAACUAUAACACAGAAUUUAAGUAUAUUACAAAACAAUGAACACACUUCGAAAUACUUUAGUCCGCUUAAAAGAAAGAAUCCCAUUCAUGUCAACACAGAACUGCGUUUACAAAUUAGGUUGCGUCGAUUGUGAUGCCUUCUAUAUUGGAGUCAUCUCACGAAAUCUUGACUCGUGCCAAAGAAUAUAUUAGGUACACAAAGAAACCUAAUAAUCUCGUAGAACUGGAUAGACUUCAAAUUCAAUCAGCAAUAGCGGUCCACAAUAUUUUCAAUUUAAAAAAUAUUACAAAAAGGUUUUUUCAAUUACAAAGAAAGGUGAGUAACUGAAGCGUUCCAUAUAAUGCUCUCAAUAGAAAAGGCCUUACCAUACAUCCUAUUUGGACUGUCUAUCCUAGCCACUUACUCUGAUAUUAUUCACAAUUCACACUUAUCUCUAUCCUUUCUCACCAUAAAGGUCACACAUUUUUCAUCCGGAACAGUGCACACUUACAUAUACACAAAUUUACAUACAUGUUGCUUAUGAAUCACCUUGGCCGAAAUGACAUUGAUUUGUUCAGAUCUGUUUUUUUGAUUGAUCGCAUAAUAUUCUUGUUGUUGUACUAUUUAAACUUGGAUUAAUUUUGAUUUGGUUAUUUAUUCUCUGAAGGAGUGGCUUACACCAAGUCACGAAACGUCAGAAAAUCUAAUUUUCCUACUCAUUGGGAUAUUACAAAUAGAUUAUUUAUUUAUAACAAUCUACCCAUUGCUCAAUUUAUUCGAAAUUAUCAAAUCAAACCUUGGUAAUUAUAUCUACACAAAUACAUACAUCUGAUAGAUCAAGUUUGGUCUAUUCGGUUGAGAUUUUAAGUGACUACUAAAAUGUUGCUCUUUACUGGUAACAUUAACAAAGAGUUGUAUAGUUUGUAGUUUUAAGAAUCCGAGAAAAGCGAUUAUGAAGUUAUUUAACUUUUGUUAUACUCGUAUUUAUCUUACUACGAUUGAGUCUAAUUCUUUUCUUACUAUUCAACUGUUAGCAUCAUGUCACAAUAGGCUGUUAUUUGAGUUCAAAUUAAAAAAAAACAGUUUUGAUUACCAUUUCUGCAAACUUAUAUGGUAGCACAAAAUACAAUAAAGAACACAUUAAGCCAUGAGUUUUCAUGAGACUUGUCGAACCAUGUUUGAACAUAACAAACUGUACCUAGCAAAUAACAGGAAACUAGCCAUGAAUGAACUAAAUUCAUCGAAAAAAAGGUAAUUCAGAAGUCAAAAUUUGUUAGAUAGUGGGCUAACAUAGUGGUAGAGGUGAUCCUGAAAGAAUGGAGUCCUACAUUCGAUAAUGAGGUUAUGUUUAAUAAAUGGUUGUAGCACUACAUGGUUGAAAUGCUCCGAUGCUUAAAGUGGCUAGCAAAUGAUAUCAAAAUUAUAAAUCUCUAUAACGGAUGUUUAUCUGCUUGAAGUAACAUCCUCAUCAUACAACGUAACUCAUUCUCUACAAAAACCAUUUCGGUUAAGGAAAAUAAGUAUCUAGAAUGUAUUGCGCAUAACAAUCACACAUUGAUAACUCAUUGUUGCUUAAAUUUUCUUAAUGAUUUGCUAAUAUCUAUGUCACAGGUAUCGAGAAUCAUCUUAGCAUCUUUAUUUCAUAUCCAAUAUGUUCAGUAGCAUUCAUCGUCCAAUUACACCUUGUCUUCUGCUAAACCUUGUUAUUUUCUGUCCUUCCUAACUCUUCUCCUGGACUACUGGCUAACUUGGCAAGAUAAAUCAAUGGGAUAUCAUUAUUUUUUUCUAGGUCUCUUUCAAUAAGAUUUGUAAUUACAGUCCUGUAAUUUACAAUGCCGAAUCAUUUUGCUUGGGAAUGUACAAUACUUAUAAAUACAUAUUAUUUGUGCUAAUAUAUUAAUUUAAUGUUUAACACAUUCCGGGUUUAAUCUCAAUAAAACUACAAGAAAUAAGCAAGCAGAUUAGAUAAGAAUUUAUUAUCAUCAUAAUUUUAUAAAGAUACCAAAGUUAUCGACCCUGUAACAUAUAUUGUUGGGACUGGAAAAUUUAAAUUCAAAGUACUUGAAAGACAAUAUACCGUAAUGUUAGGAAAAAUUUACAUUUAUGAAGAAUUAUGAAUUUUAAUCCGAUGAGAAUGGCUUUGAGGACGUGCAACAAUAUGCACAAAAUUGUCAGGAUAGGAUAAGUGUUCACUGAUCCAUUGCAUCGGUGUUUCGUGGGGUAAUGUGAUACCAUGGAUGAAAAACAGAUACCCUGAGGGACAAAAAUGGUACAACAUAGUUACAUCAAAAUUACAAAUCAAAAGAAUCAGACCAUAUUGGACAAGACAAAAAUGAUUUACAAAUGUAAUAACAUCAGUCAGUCGUAUAGACCAAGCCUAUUUGAAUUACAUUGGAUCAAUGGGAUCACAAAGCACGAAAGUGCUUUGAAGGACAAGUGACGUAAAUUUUUCAAAUACGCUUUUAUUUCCUGUGUAUUUUUUAAUCAUUUCAAUAAGAAAAGGCUGUAAUCAAUGAAGUACAUGCUUUACUCGAAUUAUCCACAUUUUCGUAACUCAUCCUUAAUAACACUUAAAGAACAUGAUUUCGGGUGUAUGAUAACAUUUACUAUUCACUAGAGACGUUUUGACCUCUAUAUGUACAAAACUAAAUAAAAAUACAAUCUUUUAAUGUUCAU